AUGAAUUCGAAGAUUCUCGUUGUCUGUUGGGCAUCCCUCGCGCUGUCCUCGGCUAGCGCUUUUAGUGUCCGUCCUUUGUCAUCGACGGCGAGCACCAGCUUGCGCAGGACUACUCUAGAGGCUCGCAAGGUUCCUUUUUCAAAAUACCACGGGCUCGGUAAUGAUUUCAUUCUGAUUGAUGAUCGAGAUAAGUCCGAACCGUCCUUGACUCCGGAGGAAUCUGCAAUGCUCUGUCACCGCAAUUUCGGGAUCGGCGGAGACGGUGUUAUCUUUGCCCUCCAACCGCCGUCGGAGAGCGGUGACGGUGCGGACUUUGACUUUACCAUGCGCAUUUACAACUCCGACGGAAGCGAGCCAGAAAUGUGUGGCAACGGAAUCCGUUGUAUGGCACAAUUUUUGAAAGACUUGGGAGAAUCCAAGUCCGACGACGGCGCCUACCAAAUUCAUACCCUCGCCGGACGCAUCGUGCCCGUCAUGAACGAGGACGGGACAAUUACGGUGGAUAUGGGAGAACCCUUUUUGGAAGCUGCCAAGGUACCGACAACUUUGGAGGCGAACGCGGAACACGAUUCGGUGGUCGAACAGACGUUAGAAGCCAACGGCAAGACGUGGAAAUGUACAGCGGUGGGGAUGGGGAAUCCCCACGCCAUUUUCUUUGUGAACGACCUAGAAAAGGAUAUAGAUUUCGAAAAAGAUGGACCAGCAUUGGAAGCACACGAAUCCUUUCCUGCCAAAACGAACGUUGAGUUUGUUCAAGUUAAAGGCGAUGAUCAUCUGAUCAUGAAGGUUUGGGAACGUGGUGCCGGUCCGACUUUGGCCUGCGGCACGGGGGCCUGCGCACUGACGGUCGCGGCUAUGCGGGCUGGAAAGAUUCCCCGCGGGGAUCAACCCGUGCGCGUGACUUUGCCCGGUGGUGAUUUGUGGAUCGAGUGGCGGGAAUCGGACAACAAGAUAUACAUGACCGGACCUGCAACUUUUGCCUUUGCUGGUGAAACGAAAGUGUAG